AGCAUGUCUGUAAAAAUGUAUGGAUUUAAUGCUGUAAUUUGAGAUGAUAAAACGAAUUAAUUUAGCCUACUUUAUUAUUUGUAGCCUAGCUAUUUAAUGUAGCCAACACGCUACUUAAAUUUUAUUUGUAGCCUUUGAAAACGUGCUAAUUUUGUAGUAGAAAAUAUGGAAAUAGGAUUUAAAUGUGCAUUAAAUGAUUAAUUUUAGAGUAUACGUAACUGCUGCCCUUAUUCACAUGAAAGAAAACACAUUUUCACCCUUUGCACUGGUUCAGUUCGUUUCGUUAUGAUAGAACUAGCAAUUAAUUUAUUUUGACAAGUAGCCUAGCAGUAGUAGCUAACGUAGCCUAAACAUUACAUUUUCAUUUGCACGUUUUCAAAAGACCCCGCGAAACGCUGAAGAACUGAGCUUAUUUUCUAUUAAUAGAGGUGAAGAAUUCAACCAGUAUAGGCUUGUUGUAAAACAGUUCAGUACUUGUUAGACAAACUCUUUUUUUAUAUUGAAGUCUAUGACCCGGAUUCGAAAGGAAAUAUUUUUUCGUGUGGAUUUAAGGUAAUCUCCAGAAAUGAACAUUCUCUGGAAGUUAUUUCUGAUUGGGCUCAGUAUUACUGCAUUGAGUAUUUACAGUGUACAACAAGGAUUUCUGGAUGUUACAGAUGUCACAAACAGACUGUUUCCAUUAGGCAAAAGGUACCUUCAAGUCUUUCCUAAACAAAGCAUUGGGUCAUUUCCCAGUAAAAAUCGCUCCUCUUGUUCCUGUAAUGGAUUUGGUGUACUUGCGCAGAAUGUGCAAGUGGGUGAACUGAAAGAUCUUCAGAGACGUCGAACGGAGGAAUACCAGAAAUACCAGCUCAGAAUGGGGACAAAGAUGGACUCACUUAUACUUGCCCAAGCUAACUCGCCCCUCCAAUAUCCCACCCAGGGUUUCGAAGUGCCACCUCUUACAAAAAGAGUGAUACCAGGUUUGGCUCUGCAUGCACAAAGAAGAAAACUAUAUAAGGUGUCUUUGAGUGUGAAGAGCGGAGUGCUCUCAGUAGAGGAUGUUCUGGAUGGACAGCAGGUGGAUGGACAGGGUCAGAGUGAACUGAGCAUCUCAUCUAGCAGCCUCACACAACUCAAUGAUCUGCUUUCCAGAGUGACUUACACCAGCACUAUCUACCGUGUCAAGACUAAAGAUCUGGUUCAUUUUUCUUUUGAGGACUAUGAGGCCAUAUUUUCCAUUGUGAUCAAGAGACCCUCAGUUCCUGUUUUGUACGACCCAGGGACAGAUAUUAACUCACAGGUAACCAUAACAACAAAGACCUUUCUGAGAUAUGAAGAGCUGAACGUCCUCAUCAACAGUAUCCGACAGCUUUACCCCAAAAUCAAGAUCAUUGUUGCAGAUGACAGUCUGACACCAGAAAAGGUGACUGGCAGCAAUGUAGAGCACUACAUCAUGCCUCCUGCACAGGGCUGGUUUGCGGGAAGAAAUCUGGCUGUUUCUCAAGUCACCACUAAAUACUUCCUGUGGGUUGAUGAUGACUACAUAUUCAAUAACAAUACACGGAUUGAAAGAUUCGUGGAGAUAAUGGAGAAAGUUCCAGAACUGGAUGUGGUUGGUGGUGCAGUGGAAAAAAAUCUGUUCCAUUUCCGCUUUCAGUACGAGGAAGGGGAUGAAGAGGAGGGCGGUUGUCUCAGAUGUUUUCAUGGGAAGAGCCAUCAAUCAGUCCCAGGCUUUAAAAGCUGCUUCUUUGUAGAUGGGGUCGUUAACUACUUCCUGGCACGGACAGAUGCGGUGCGACGGGUUGGCUUUGAUCCGUUUCUGAAGAGGGUGGGUCAUACUGAGUUUUUUGUUGAUGGUCUCGGAGAUUUGUUGAUUGCCUCUUGCAAAGGACUUGUAGUCGGCCACCAGAAGAAACGUAAACAAGGCAAAUACAGAAAAUUUAGGUUUCCAGGACGAAGUGAUGGAAAAAACAAAUUGGCCCAUAUGUACUUCAGGAAUUAUUUGAAAUGCAUGAAGUACUGAGGGACUUUUGAGGAGAAAGGUGAUCAUUCACCCACAGAGAGCGAACAUCAUUUUACUUAUUGUCGAAGUGAUUGAAUGAAUGGAUAUGAGGAAUGUUCACAUAGGAAGUGUUUUGGUACAGAAAAGAGUAGUGAAAUUGUGUGACAUUUUAAUACAAUCAGCCAUUCAAUCAGAGGAAUCAACCAUCAACAAAAAUUAAGCCAAGUUUUUGUCUUCAGGAGGAGAACUGAUUUAAGAGAACAAAUAAAUAUUUUCAAUUUAUAUCUUUUAUCAUUUAUUACUGUGGGUUACUGUUGUGCAAUAAAAUAAAUGCCCCUCAUUAAAUAUGG